GCAGCUCUCACCUAACCUAUACACAUAUAUAUCGUUGCUGCUGCAGUUAUCAGUCAGUACACAAUCUUAGUGAUUCAAAAAUUUUUUAAUUCUAAAAUACAAAUAGUAUUAAAAAAAUGGCUUUACACGUGCCGAAAGCACCAGGCGUGACUCAAAUGCUGAAAGACGGUGUUCGCUAUUUUUCCGGAUUAGAAGAAGCCGUUUUUCGCAAUAUCUCAGCUUGUAAAUUAUUUGCCCAAUCAGUACGCACUGCGUAUGGGCCAAAUGGUAUGAAUAAAAUGGUGAUUAAUCACUUAGAAAAAUUAUUUGUGACGAGCGAUGCAGCAACCAUUAUAAAAGAAUUAGAUGUUGAACAUCCUGCAGCAAAAUUGUUAGUCCUUGCUUCAGAAAUGCAAGAGGCUGAAGUAGGUGAUGGAACCAACUUUGUCAUUAUAUUUGCUGGUGCUUUACUAGAUGCUGCAGAAGAAUUACUACGUUUGGGUAUUACAACUUCAGAAAUUGUGGAGGGUUAUGAAGUAGCUUUAGAAAAAACUCUAGAAGAACUACCAAAAUUAGUCAUUUAUGAGGCAAAGGAUUGUAAUAAUAUUGAACAAAUUAAAGCUGGUAUAACAACAGCAAUAAUGAGUAAACAAUAUGGAAAAGAAGAUUUUAUUGCAAAUCUUGUUUGUCAAGCUUGUAUUUCAAUUUUAUCUACAAAUAGUCCUGCUAGUAAUACUACUUUCAAUGUUGACAAUGUGAGGAUUUGCAAAAUUUUAGGAUCUGGGCUGCAUUCUUCUCAGGUUAUUCAAGGAAUGGUUUUCAAAAGACACGUUGAAGGGGACAUAACUAAAACAGUUAAUGCUAAAAUUGCUGUUUAUACAUGCGCUGUUGACAUUACACAGACAGAAACGAAAGGAACAGUUCUUAUUAAGAGUGCUGAUGAAUUAAUGAACUUUUCUCGUGGUGAAGAAGUUAUGUUAGAGUCACAAAUUAAAUCUAUUGCUGAAAGUGGUGCAACUGUCAUUGUUUCGGGAGGUAAAUUUGGAGAUAUGGCUCUCUACUAUCUUAAUAAAUAUAAUUUGAUGGCUGUAAGAGUUCCCAGUAAGUUUGACUUGAGACGCCUGUGUAAAGCUGUUGGUGCAGUAGCUUUGUCCAAGCUGAUUCCCCCAACAAAAGAAGAAUUAGGAAGUACUGAUACUGUUCAUGUUGAUGAAGUGGGUGAUACAAAUGUAGUUGUUUUUCAACUUCACCAACAAGAUAGUCGUAUCAGUACUAUCAUUAUUAGAGGAUCUACUGACAACUACAUGGAUGAUAUCGAAAGAGCUAUUGAUGAUGGGGUUAAUACUUUCAAAGCUAUUACCCGAGAUGGACGUUUUCUGCCUGGUGCUGGUGCAACAGAAAUUGAAUUAGCUUCUAGAAUUGCUUCGUUUGCAGAUACCAUUCCUGGAUUGGAACAGUAUGCUGUACGUAAAUUUUCUUCAGCCCUAGAAGUUUUUCCAAAAACAUUGGCAGAAAAUAGUGGAACUCAGGCAUCUGAAUUAUUAUCAAAGUUGUAUGCAUCUCACAAAGAAGGAAAUAUUAACUAUGGAUUUGAUAUUGAGAGCUCUGGAGCAGCUGCUAUUAUUGAUGCAGAAAAAAAUAGAAUUUUCGAUUUAUAUUUAACCAAAUUUUGGGCUUUAAAAUAUGCUGUCAAUGCUGCAUGCACAGUUCUUAAGAUUGAUCAAAUCAUCAUGGCCAAACGAGCUGGUGGCCCAAAACUCCCAGGAGGAAAAACCAACAGCGAUGAUGAAGCUUAAUUAUUUUUUUAUCCAUAAUUCUCAAACAAUAUUGUAUUCACAACUACUUUGUAAUUAUAUUUUUACUUCCAUUUUUUCACUUGAGUAAAACUUACAGUUAAUAAAAAUAAAAUCAAUCUUGAAUUAAAUCAUUGAUUCAUAAAACAUCAUAUUUUAUAAGGCAGUUGAAAAUUUUGGAAUAAACAGUAUUUAUUUAAUGUAUUCAAAUGUAUAUUAAUGAAAAAGAGAAAAUCUUU